AUGGAUUGGGAUAGCGUCGCUUUCAACGCCAGCGCCUUUGUCGCGGGUUUGUUUCUCCUUGAAUUCGGCGCGGAUCGCUUCAUCGACCACACCGCGAUUGUCGCGCGCCGACUCCGCGUCUCGCAGACCUUGGUCGCCUUGCUCACCGCUGGCGCAGAAUGGGAAGAGCUGGCCGUUGUUGUGGCCGCGAUCCUCCAACGCCGCUCGUCUCUGGCCGUCGGCAAUGUCGUCGGUUCCUCCAUCUCAAACAUUCUCGGUGCCUUCUCUCUGGGGCUCCUCGUCCAUCCCGGCCGCUUGACCUUUGACCACAGCGCAAAGGUAUAUGCUGCAUUGCUCUUUGUCGUCACCACGCUCGCAGCCGUCGUGGGCCUCACAAGCCGCCUCGGCCGAAUCGCGGGUGCCGUCUUCAUCGCCGUGUUCGCCUUGUAUCUGGCUUCCGUUGGCUACGGCAUCUACAAGGGUGUGUUGGACACGCCGGAGGAUGUCGACUCGGAUAGCGAUUCGGAUAGCGAUGAUGACAGCACGCGAGGCAAUGGCCACGAGGCAGAGGCGCCACGCGAUGCGGUCGCUGACGAGCAGUCGCCGCUGCUCGCCAACGGGUCUGGUGGAGAGCAGCCGCCACGCCGCCCCAAACAUGGCAUCGUCUACCACGUCGUUCUGCUCAGCGUCGGCUUCUUCGCAUUGUCGCUCUCGGGCUACAUCCUGUCGCACAGUGCUGCCUCCAUUGGAGACGCCUUUGACCUCUCUGGCACCGUCCUCGGCGUCACCGUCCUGGCCUUUGCGACGACGCUGCCGGAGAAGUUCGUUGCCGUGAUCGGUGGCGUGCGCGGCCAUGGCGGCAUCGUCGUCGCCAACACGGCGGGAAGCAACAUCUUCCUCCUGACGCUGUGCCUGGGCAUUACGUUUGUGGCCGGCGAUCCAGAGGAGCUCUCCAGCUCUGUCGUCCCGUUUGAGCUCCUCGCGAUGUGGGUGUCCUCGGCACUGUUUCUCCCGAUUGUGUUCUUGGGGUCCAGGCCGUGGGUAGGCGCCGUGCUGCUGGUCAUGUACAUUGUAUUCCUUGUGCUUGAGUUUACUGUAUUUAGAAGAUACCUCCUUGGCGGCUGUGCCGCUAUGCGUGGACUUCUCCUCGGAGGCGAGUUUGCUGGCGGAUCUGCCGGACGGCGUCGUGUCUUUUUCGAUGAUAUUGAUGUCUGUUUCCUUGAGCGGCGGUGCCGGUUUGGUACUGCUGGCGACGGCUCCGGCGGCGGCUGCAUUUUACUGCGUUUGGCGGGUUGUAUGUUGUGUCUUGGUUUGUCGUCGACUUCGUUGCCGUUGCCACCGUCAUUGUUGUCGUCGCUGAUUGUCGCCCGCUUUCGUUUUAACGCUUUCGACUGGCCUGCUCCGGCAUGUUUGGCGCUCCUGUCGUCGUCUGCUGCAUGGUCCUGUCGUCCGUCAUCGUCGGUGGCAUCGUCGGACAAUGGAUGGGCAGGCGGUAACGGCGGCCGUGUCGGAGACGGAGACGGGCCUGUUGUUGACAUUGUUGGCAUUGCACCAUUUGCGUUCUGGCUAAGCCAUGCCGAGAUUUGCUCCGUCUUCUGCCCCAUGCGGUCAACGCGGCUAGGAAAUGUCGUCGAAAUCUGGCGGGGGCCGGAAGUGGGUGUCAAAGCGAAGAUUGGCAGGAUCAUCAAAAACGAUGAUUCGCCGCGGAGCCUCCUCGUCCUUGUCGUUGUCCUCGGCCUCGUCCUGUUCCCGGGAAUGCGUGUCGUACUCGCGGACGUACAGAUCGUCGCAGUGCAAGACCCAUUUUCCGGCAAAUCCACCAUCCCACAAGUCCUCCAUCACCACCACGACCUGGCCUCGCGCAAUGGCAAGCGCCGCGUGUUUUUCAAACUCUUCUGGUGUCUCCACCACUGGUGGGUUCUCGAUGCGAUCCUUGAGGUACUUUGCAAACGCGUGGUCUUCGUCGUUCUCCAUCGCCUCCAGUGUGCGCAGCUCGUCUUGGCUAAAGCGAGGCUUCAGAUGCCCGUCCUGGACUUGAAGAGUCUUCUCGUGCAGGCUGUUGAACGUGUCUUCCCAAAAGAAGUAGUCGUCAAAAUCCGGUGGCGGCCCGUUCCCAGCCCACCUGAGCUCAAAGUCGGCCAGGAUCCCGUCGCCCAUGGUCCGCGCAUCCCCUUUGAGAUGCGAGUCACGUACAACGAUGCAGUUCUCGGCAGCACGUGUUUGGGGUCGUGUGUCGAUGAGAGGGUGGUAAAAUUCCUCGUGGUGCAAGACCCAUUGACCGGGCCGCCCCAGCUGCGCGAGGUCGAACAAGGCGUUAAACACUCCAUUCUUUUGGCCGUUUAG